AUGGCCCCUUACUCAGGAUGGAAGCGUACAGCUGUGUACCUAACCGGCUUAGUCGCAACGCUCACAACCUUUCUGAUUGUCAUGCUCUUUGUAUCUCUCUUUGCACUAGAAAGGGAUGAUGAAUCUAGAGGCAGAGGCAACAACCGUGCGGAUGCUCUUGGCCAGAGUAUUCUUCACCGAGGAAACUGCGAUACAACCGCCAAGGCAAACCUUUGGAUCCAUUUGGCCAUCAACAUUAUUGGCACCGGCGUCUUGGCGUCGUCCAAUUUCUUCAUGCAGAGUCUUGUGGCGCCUACGAGGAAGGAAGUAGACGCUGCGCAUAAAGCGGGACAGUGGCUUGAGAUUGGUGUUCAGUCCCUUAAAAACAUUCGCUUUCUUGGCUGGCGAAAGGUCUUAUUCUGGUCACUAUUCUCACUUAGUUCGGUCCCGCUACAUCUCGUCUUCAACGGCUGUGUCCUCGAAUCCAAAGGCACAAAUGGUUUCACUCUGUUUCUGGGUACUGAGAGUCUUAUAAAGGGUAGUUGGCAGGGCCAGGCUCCUAUCACAAUGUCUUACCGGCAAUGGUAUACAGACGAGUUCCUGCAUGGGGACAGCUAUAUGAGUCUGAAGAAUAUGAAGCAUGUCAAUGAGUCCAUAGAGACCAGCAGCUGGGAGCGGAUCAAGUUCCCGGAAUGCAUGGAGCGAUACAAUGACCCGGAGAAGUCUUUGACACAUUCACGACAUUUGAUCAUGGUAAUUUACGACUACGAGGACGAAUGGCGAAACUCAACAGAUGGAUGGAAACUCAGCCAAGUCUACAAGAACACGACCAACAUGACAGAUGUAAACGCCGUGAACACUCUCUGGGCCGUGGAUGCGUAUGCACGCACCGGCACCGCAAGCAAACCUGAUAACGGUCCCAUCAUACAGCAAUACUGGACAUCUUACAACCUUAAUGAACCUUCGCGGGAAGUCAGCGCAUGGCCCAUACUGGGUCUCAUUAACUAUCUCGACCCCGUAUCUGGCAUACUCGUCAUGGAUGUUUCAGCCUACAAACCUGAGUAUAGAGUUAUGCAGGUCGAUCAUUGCUGGUCUGAAAGGUAUGAGGCGCCGUGUCGAUUGAGUAUAGCCAACAGUCUUCUCCUUAUUGUCUGUAUCAUGUGCGCACUCAAAUGCACGCUUUGCUAUUUAGUUCUUAGGCUUCGCGUGUGGGGAGAUGAUAAUCCUCUCAUGACGCCAGGAGACGCUAUUGCUUCCUUUAUAGCCAGGCCGAGUGAAGAGACAAGGGGAAUGUGCACGCUGAGCCUGGGAGAUCUGAAAAGAUCACCGGUCAGCCCAAAUCUUGCAGUCGGCGACACAACACGGGGAUACAAGUUGUUGCAAGGUCCCCGGCAAUGGCACACAACCUCUGUACGCAAGUUUGGAAAAGCAGUGCCCCGAAAUAUAUGGAUUCUCUCAUCCCUUCUCAUCGGAAGCUCCCUCGCCGUAGCAGGGACAAUGUUGGGAAUCUCCCUUAGGGAGCAGAGUCUGGGCGAUGCACGGUUCGGCCACUCUCCUGUUAACGAAGAUGUAUCAGAUGCAAACCUAGACGACCUGGCUCUGUUGCCACUUACCAUGGUAGCUAACUUGCCACAACUUAUCUUAUCAAUAUGUUAUCUUGCGUAUAAUGGGCUCUUCACGCGAAUGCUUGCUGAGUUUGAGUGGUCAAAGUACAGUGUCGAAUUCAGAUCCUUACGAGUCACCGAGCCGAGGGGGAGUCAAAAUUCAACGUACCGUCUGCAAUUGCCAUACAGGUUCUCUAUACCACUGAUAAUUGUGAGUAUUGCACUGCACUGGCUCUACUCUAAUUGUAUAUAUGUGAGCAACUACGAAGCAUACGCUGCACAUUAUCCCUAUGCUAGACAGGUCACAAUCGGUCUACAAUUCUCUUCAAAAGCUAUAUUGAUAUCAUUUGUGAUAUCAGUUUGUGUCGCCAUCACUCCAAUCUUCCUGGCCAAUGUUAAAUUGCCAGGUAUCAUUGUGGUUUCUGGGGGGAAUUCGGCGGUCAUCUCAGCAGCUUGCCACUACCCCUCCAGGACACUCAAAUCACUGAGCCGCGCCACGUCGACAAACAGCCUCCGCGGUAUUGAGUACGAUAAUAUGAGUGCUAGACUAAUCGUGGAUGAAGACGCGGAAGAGCUUGAGGGUGUGGUGAGGAAGAAGGUCAAAUGGGGGAGGCUGUCGAUGGGAAAGAGCCAGGAGAGUCAAGUUGGUCACCUAGGAUUUGGGACGGAGGAUCAAGAUGUUGAUAGGCCGGUGGAAGGCGAGCAUUAUAGCGGCCUUUGA